CUGUUUUAUGUUGUGUAAUUUGUCUUUGUCAAAAAAAUUUAGCCGUCUUCCAUGUGUAAAAACUUUAUUCCUUUGAGCGAUUUGGGAAAAUUUUAAGGGUUAGCCGUAAGUUGUGCUUGUUAUGGCCUGUUCCCGUUCCUGUCUGCGCCUUUUAUCAAUCAACAACGUACUUAAAAGAACUAUAAGCAUGUCAGCAAUGAGACGUGCCGAAGAGGCUUUGGAUAAAAUGAAAGAGAAAAAUCCAUAUUUCGAUAAAUAUGCAGAGAAAAUUGCCAGGCUUCAACAAACUUCGCCGGAAGAGUUUUUAGAACGUGUGGACAAAGUUGCCAAUCCUAUUAAGGAUGGGAGGAGUCAAUCGAGAACUUAUUCGGAACUUCUCAAUCCAAAACAACCACGAAAAGAUGAGGAAGCCAAUGAGAUACCCUACAAGAAACUUACAGAUAUUAUGAAGCUUGAACUUGUCGCAGACAAAACAGCAGAAGAAAUCUCAAGCAUUUGGUAUGAAUACCACAAAACUAAAGAUGUGUUGGCGGCCACUUUAACUGUGAAUCAGUUUGAUACACUUAUGCAACGUGCUAAACAAUUCCCCAUAUUUUUGUUGCCACUUCCGCGAAGUGAAGGUUUCGAGUUUAUCAUGUUGCAGUUUGCUGCAAAUGCGGUGCAUUUCACACCGCUACUAGCCUACCAGGUGCAUGCCGAAAACGCGCCAGAGUGCCUAACUAUUGUGCAUUACACUGAAAUGAAAGAUAAAGAUAUUGUAUUGAUGCGAGGCGAAUACGACAGCAAAGUCCUGACGGCACAGGAAGCACAAUGCUUGGCUAAUGAAUUACAAAUGUUUUAUUGUAAGAGCGACGAAAACAAGCUAAAACUACUAGAGACGUUCAAUAAAAAGCCAGAUGAAUUUAAACACAUGGACUUAAUUAAGGAGGUUGAAAAUAUACAGCUAGUUUAAAGUAACCUAUAAUGAAAUGUAUAACCCUUAAUAGCAGUUUUUCUAGUUUGUUUCUGUGAAAUCUAAUAAAUCAGCAUUAAUGCUCUAAUCAAA